AUGCUAAGAUACUAUAAUGCGCAAGCACCAUUCAAUAAGCGAAGGGUUUCCCUCACAGAAGAUGAAGAUACACGAGCACGAUCCAAAAAGCGAAGGGUUAUAUCAAAAGGAGAUGAAGGCAAUCAAGAUGAACUACAAACUCAAAUUCAAACUCAAAAUACAAGACAAGAUAACAAUCAGCAAAGCUAUCAUCAACCGCAACAAGUCCAACAGAAACAUCAAAUACCAAUAACCUCGAGUAGACAAGAAGAACUUUUUAGGACGUACUUCGACAUGAUCGCUACGAAACUUCCUAUAAGUAAAUUAUUUCAAUUGGGAAUUUCAUUACAUUUAACAUAUAAUGAGAUAAAUGAAAUUGUAUCAAGCACUAAAAUUGAUAGUGAUUACGAAAAAAAAUAUCGAGUACUAGAGUUGUGGAAGCAAAAGAAAGGCCAAGAUGCUGAUCAUAAGGAAGUAAUUUCAGCAUUACGUAAGGUUGGAGUCAACGACAUAGCAGAUCAAAUCGAAUUAAUAUUGAAAGAGUGA